AUGGAUUCUGAAGACGAAGCCCUCAACAAGGAGGCUAUUAAAAAAACUUAUUGGAUUUAUAAUGAGGACAUGGUGCUUCUAGAAUCUAGAAUAAAAUCGUUUGAAGAUUCGAAUUUAAAAAUCAAGCAAACGCCCCAACAACUAGCAGAAGCAGGUUUUUAUUAUAUGGGAUUAGAAGAUCAAUGUGUGUGUUUUCAUUGCGGACUUGGUGUUGAAGAAUGGGAGCCAGAAGACGAUCCAUGGUUCGAACACGCUUUUCAUACUCCUCAUUGUGCAUUUUUAAACUUGAAGAAAAGUGAAUUGAAAUUUCAAAUCGGAGAAAAGGAACAAGUGUUGCCUCUUGAAGCCAUGAAUCAAGCAGAACCAUUGGAUAUUUAUCUAUGUGUGCUCGAGUCUUUUGUGAAGAGUGACGCUUUCAAAGAUUCGCCCUUUGGCCCUGUUCACUUCCUCGUUGAUCGUGUUGUUAUAAGAAACAGUCUUGGACAAGUUGAAAUUGAAAAGGAGAAAGUUUUACACUUGGCUCUAAAUUUACUGGCAAUUGCUCGUGAUACGCCAACGCUUCAAGACCAUCUUGGUUAUUUAGUGAGUGUCAAAGUUUAG